UCACUGGAUCCAGACGAGAAGAAUCUGUGGAAGUCCCUGGAGGAACGAGUGCUUCAACCAGGGGAGCAGCCCGAUUUUUCCUGGUUCAAGGACGGUGAAGAGUUUGACCCUGGAGAACGAUUCCGCGUCCUCUUGAAGGACGACGAGGACUCCCUGGCCUUGGUGUUCCAACACGUGAAGCCGGAAGACGCCGGGCUCUACACUUGCGUCGCGUCCACGUCCACCGGGAAGAUCUCGUGCAGCGCUGAACUCACCGUCCAGGGAGCGGUACACCACCUGCUCCGCGAGCCGGAGCCCCCGUCCUUCACCCUCGACCUUACGGAUACCGAGGUGAGCAUGGGCGGUUCGGCCAUGCUUGACCUCAAGGUCACUGGAUAUCCCAAGCCUCGCGUCACCUGGUACAAGGACGGGAAGGAGGUGACUGCAGGUGGCAGAUUCCGGUUCUUGUACGAAGACGAAGAAAGCAUAUCCCUCAUCAUCAAGAACGUCGAGAUGGGAGAUGCUGGGAAAUACACGGUUGUGGCCCAGAAUGAUCUCGGCGAGGUCACCACUGAGGGUUCCCUCUUCGUCCGCGCCCCUCCGAAAUUCAAG